AUGUCCUCUACACAAUCAAGAUAUGCCAAAGCUCAUGAGUCCCUUCAGGGACCUGGCGAUGCACGACCUACCGCGUUACAAAUCGUCCACGAUGAAAACCGGAUAAACGAUCUCACUGACAAGGUGAUCAUGAUCACAGGCUGUUCAUCCGGGCUCGGCAUCGAGACCGCCAAGGCCCUCUUCCACACAGGAGCGACACUAUAUCUGACGGCCCGAGACCUACAAAAGGCCAAGACCGCAUUGAGUGAGAUCGUCGAUAGUCCACGAGUCCAUCUUCUCCACCUAGAUCUGAAUUCCUUGGCAUCCGUCCGCGCAUGCGCUGAAGAAUUCAGAUCUAGAGAGAGUACUCUGAACAUUCUGAUCGAGAACGCCGGCGUGAUGGCAUGCCCCGAAGGUCGGACUGCGGACGGGUUCGAAACGCAGUUCGGCACAAACCAUCUAGCUCAUUUCCUGCUCUUUUACCUGCUGAAGCCACUUUUGCUCUCUUCAUCAACCGCUGGUUUCCACUCCCGAGUGGUCGUGGUCGCUUCCAGCGCUCACCGGGUUUCGUCGGUUCAUUUCGAUAAUAUCACUUUAGAAGGCGAAUAUGAACCAUGGAAAGCCUAUGGUCAAAGCAAGACAGCAAAUAUCUGGACGGCUAAUGAGAUUGAGAGACGCUAUGGCUCAAAGGGUCUUCAUGCUCUGAGUCUGCACCCUGGUGCGAUCGCCACCGAGCUCCUUCGUCAUGUCUCGGAUGAACAGAAAUCCGCGUGGGAUGGGGAUGACUGGCUCAAGAAGUAUUGGAAGAGUCCUGAACAGGGAGCCGCGACUAGCGUCUGGGGUGCCGUAGCGAGGGAGCUGGAAGGCACCGGAGGAAAAUAUCUGGACAACUGUCAAAUCGCAACACCUGCUGAGCCGACCAAGCGACAUGGACCAGGCCAUGCUCCGUGGGCGUACAACCCGGAUGGUGAAGCAAAACUUUGGGCGAAAACCUUGGAAUUACUUGAGUUAAAGAACGAGUAA